AUUAUUAUUAUCUUUUUCAUGCUUCAGAUCUCUCUCUUUCGAUCUUUCUCUACACUACAAGCCCUAGCUUUCUGUCUCUUAACUGUUCUUUUGUUCACUUUCACAUCACACUAAGCUUAGCUACCAUUUUUUUAUCAUUCUGAACCAUAAUGAUAUAAUUUCUAUAGUGUGAGUGUUCUUUCUUUCCUAGUUCUUUUUUCUGUAGAUUUUGAUAGAUUUAAGGGUUUGUUUGAUGUGAAAGUCUGUAUUUUUAUUGAUUAUUUCAUUGCAUUUUAGUGGGUGUUCCAUUAAGUUGGUGCUUCUUCAAUUCCAUUGCACAAUACUAACAAUUUAUGUAUCAUUGAGAAGUUUCUAGUGUUAACUUAUAGUAAAGCUGUAAUCUUUGAACUAACUUAUAGUAAAGCUGUAAUCUUUGAAGUGGAUUGUUUUGCUUCAUCUUUCAAAGAAUAUUCUUUGGUUUGUUUUAUGCAAAAUGGGGGUUAGGAAGAACAGUAUAGAGAUGUCCUUGAGUGAAAAAGAUGAGAAAUUUUAUGAGUGAUUAUUGACUCUAGAGAAGGGUGGUGUGAGAGGAGGUUGUUUAUGUCUAUAAUGGGUUGUAUUUGUUGUAAACCACAUGCCAUUGAGGAUAGUAAAGAGAGCCCAAGAGAGAGGCUCUCUAGUAAGGCCUCGUCGGACUUGCGGGUUUCGAGGGCUACAUCUUCGAGGAGGGAGGAGGCGUAUAGAGCGAAAGAUGGGUAUGAUAGUAACGAUGGACGGGCGAUGUUGAUCGAUAAGCAUUCGAAUGGUUCGGUUAGAAUACAUGGUGGUGAAAAUAUUGGUGACAGGAAAAGGGAGAAGAUGGAGUACGCUGUUGCUCAACAUCAUCCGGGGAUGGGUACUGUGCCGAAAGCAACUGAAGGGGAACAAGUUGCGGCAGGUUGGCCUUCGUGGCUUGCUGCUGUGGCUGGUGAAGCAAUCAGGGGAUGGCUGCCGCGGCGUGCUGAUUCAUUUGAGAAGCUGGAUAAAAUUGGCCAGGGAACUUACAGUAAUGUCUAUAGGGCUCGUGACCUCGAUCAGAAGAAAAUCGUUGCUUUGAAGAAAGUAAGAUUUGACAACCUGGAACCUGAAAGUGUUCGUUUUAUGGCCAGGGAAAUUCACAUUUUGCGUAGGCUAGACCACCCUAAUGUAAUAAAACUAGAAGGUCUAGUUACGUCGAGGAUGUCUUGUAGUUUGUACCUUGUGUUUGAGUAUAUGGAGCAUGAUUUGGCUGGGCUCGCCUCUCACCCUGGACUGAAAUUUACUGAGCCACAGGUGAAAUGUUAUAUGCAACAGCUCUUACAAGGACUUGAUCAUUGUCAUAGCCGUGGUGUUCUACACCGUGACAUAAAAGGUUCUAACUUAUUAAUUGACAACAACGGUAUCUUAAAAAUUGCAGACUUUGGUCUAGCAAGUUUUUAUGAUCCUGCACACGUUCAACCGCUCACAAGCCGAGUUGUAACACUUUGGUACCGCCCUCCGGAACUUCUUCUUGGAGCCAUUUAUUACGGAAUUUCUGUAGAUUUAUGGAGCGCAGGUUGCAUACUUGCAGAACUAUAUGCUGGCAAGCCUAUUAUGCCUGGAAGAACUGAGGUGGAGCAGCUGCAUAAAAUUUUCAAGCUCUGUGGCUCACCUUCUGAGGAUUACUGGAGGAAAUCAAAAUUGCCUCAUGCCACUAUCUUUAAGCCUCAACAGCCUUACAGGCGCUGUGUUGCAGAAACAUUCAAAGAAUUUCCUGCACCAGCUCUAGCACUUAUGGAGACUCUAUUAGCAAUUGAUCCUGCAGAUCGUGGAACUGCAGCGUCUGCUUUGAAGAGUGAGUUCUUUGCAACAAAACCUCUUCCUUGUGAUCCUUCAAGUCUGCCAAAGUAUCCUCCCAGCAAAGAGUUUGAUGCAAAAUUACGGGAUGAAGAAGCAAGAAGACAAGGGGCAGCUGGAAGCAAGGGCCAGAGACCUGAUAUUGAAAGAAGAGGAACAAGAGAAUCUCGAGCAAUCCCCGCUCCUGAUGCCAAUGCUGAACUGGUCUUAUCAAUGCAGAAACGGCAAGGUCAAUCUAAUUCUAAAAGCAGGAGUGAGAUGUUUAAUCCUCAUCCAGAAGAAGUUGCUUCUGGUUUUCCGAUUGAUCCACCAAGACCUUCACAUGCUGUAGAAUCAGGUAUGGAUCCACAAGGGCAUCAACAUAAGAGAGCCUCCCAUUCUGGACCUUUGGCUCACCGUGCUGCAUGGGCCAAGUCUGGUAGAAACCCAGAUGAUGCUCCAAAGGUUUUGACUGCGGCCGACUUGUCAUCAAUGUCGGGCUUAGCAGCUGCAAGAAGAAGUUUGCUAUCUGAUGAUCGAAGAGAUAGGUCUGGCUUAUCACAGCCAGAAGUUCCAAAGAUAAUAUCAAGGUUUCCAGGAUCAUUCAAGGAAGCCUCUGAAUCUUUUAUUCAACACGACCAAAAACAUCAGGGAAUCUCAGGUUCUCUCCAAAAAGAAGAUGGACGAAAUAGCAAUAAUGAUCCAGUACUUGUUGGAUACGGGUCGAAAGGUCACAAAAUUCACUAUUCUGGCCCGUUACUAGUUCCAACGGGGAACAUGGAUCAGAUGCUGAAGGAUCACGAUCGUCAGAUACAAGAGGCUGUUAGACGAGCUCGUAUAGACAAAGCAAAGGUCAGAAAGGUUCAGGCUGAAGGGAACCAAAUAUCAACCAACUCGAUAUUUGUUUCUGGCCGCUGAGCCUUAUUCAAUACCCCAACCGAGAAGUAGUGCAGGGAAGGAAGAUCACUGCAGAAUAAGGUGGCUGGUGAUUUUUCCAUGUUAAAUACGAGUUUGAGUUUCCGGGUGGGGUUUUUCUGUACAGCGCGGUUCUUAGCUAGAAGCACAUAACUGACCGAUAACAUCUUUCCGCUGCUCUCUGCAGGUUAUUGUGUGUAGUUACAUUUUGAUUGUUGUAGAGCAAAUUUAUUAGUCAUACGCUAUAGAGCAUAAAACAUGAGAUUAUUUAUGAUUAGAAAUGUUGAAUCCAUUAUGCUUAAUUCCACUCUAGUUCAGUAGCUGUUCAAGCACCA